UCCGCGCGCAACCCAGCCGGAGCUGCUGCGGGCGCCGAGUCGCCGCUACCGGGGGAGAGGAUGGCGCAGGUGGCCAAGGACCUCAACCCCGGCGUUAAGAAGAUGUCCCUGGGCCAGCUGCCGCCGGCGAGAGGCGUGGCGUGUUUGGGCUGCCAGGGCUCGUGUCCGGGCUUCGAGCCACACUCGUGGAGGAAGAUAUGCAGGUCUUGCCGGUGUGGCCAAGAGGAGCACUGCCUCAGCUCCGACCUGGAGGACGACCGGAAGAUCGGCCGCCUGCUGACGGGCUCCACGCACGCCUCCCUCACAGCCCGCGUGCGAGGUGGCGGCGGCGUCCGCAUCUACAAGCGGAACCGGAUGAUCAUGACCAACCCCAUCGCCACCGGGAAGGACCCCACCUUCGACACCAUCACCUACGAGUGGGCACCCCCAGGGGUCACCCAGAAACUGGGCCUGCAGUACAUGGAGCUGGUCCCCAAGGAGAAGCAGCCGGUGACCGGCACGGAGGGCGCACUGUACCGCCGGCGCCAGCUCAUGCGCCAGCUCCCCGUCUACGACCAGGACCCCGCCUGCUGCCGGGGCCUUGCAGAGGACGAGCUGCCGGCGAUGGAAGCAUUCGUCAAGCAGUAUAAGAGCGAGGCCCUCGGCGUGGGCGAGGUGGCCCUGCCGGGCCAGGGCGGCCUGCCCAGGGAGGACGGGAAGCCGCAGCAAAAGCCGGAGGCCGCUGAGCCCGCUGCCCCUGCCACCAACGGCAGCCUCGGGGACCCGUCCAAAGAGGCGGAAUACGUGUGCGAGCUGUGCAAGGCCGCGGCGCCCGCGGACAGCCCGGUGGUGUACGCGGGCCGCGCGGGCUACGCCAAGCAGUGGCACCCGGCCUGCUUCCUGUGCGCGCGCUGCCGCGAGCCGCUGGUGGACCUCAUCUACUUCUGGAAGGACGGCGCGCCCUGGUGCGGCCGCCACUACUGCGAGAGCCUGCGGCCCCGCUGCUCCAGCUGUCACGGGGCGGAGGAGAAGGGCUGCUCGUGUUCUUUCCCGCUCCGCGACGACACGCACGGGUUGUGCAGACGCUGCGCAGCCACGCCCGGCACUAGGGCUGAUUUUCGGGUGGGGCUUCUAUGGCGCACGUGCUCAGACAUCCUGUGGGGCUUGUUUCAUGGGGAGGGCUUAUAUUCGGGGAAACACGGCAGGGACCGAACCCGAGCCUCACGCUGCCUCUGCCGCCCUCCCCAGCUCAUCUUCGCCGAGGACUACCAGCGCGUGGAAGGGCUGGCCUGGCACCGGAAGCACUUCGCCUGCGAGGGCUGCGAGCAGCUCCUGAGCGGCCGGGCGUACAUCGUCACCAAGGGGCAGCUUCUGUGCCCGACCUGCAGCAAGUCCAAGCGCGCCUGAGCGGCCGCCCGCCACGAGAAGAGCAGGUUCGAGGGCGGCGGGUCCCGGAGGGUCAGGGGCCUCGAAACCAGAAACGUUCAGGACGUGCCAGGAUGGAGUGCUCUGUUUGGUUUCUCGGCUGUUUCCCGCCUGCGACCAGCGACAGACGCCAGCAGAACCCUCCCAGGGAGCUCGUGGAGGGACUUCCCAGAAUGCAUUUCUGAGGGAUGGCGUCGCUUAGCUAUAGGACGCGAGUGCUUUCUUUUUCUUCUUUUUGUGGGCACGGGAGCCCCUCCAAGAGCAGGCAGGGACCCUAACUCUCACGUGUCGCCUCUCUCCUUUUCAAGUGGAAUCUGGAUUUCAAAUAGAUGACUUUUUCCGCCUCAUGGUAAACGUAUCAAUAAAAGUUUUGCGAGUUCAACACGCACCCUCA